AUGCGUCGCCGCCUGCCCUGGCUCGCCCUGUACGUCCUGCUGGUCUUGCUGCUCGGCUGCCUCCUCUUCCUGAGAAAGAGCCCCAGCCUGGGCACAUCCCCUCUGGCCCUAAGAGGGGAGAGCAGGUCCGCGCCCCAGCCCCCGUCCCGGGUCACCACGGCGUCCCGGCCCAUCCGGUGCCCCUCCAACCAGUUGGCGGCGAGUGGGUAUGGGGGCCUGCCGCCCCGCCACCGUCUUUUCCUGGCCUACAAGCACUGCCGCCACUUCUCCAUUUUGCUGGAGCCCAAGAGCUGCCCCGCAGACACCUUCCUGCUGCUGGCCAUCAAGUCGCAGCCCGCCCACGUGGACCAGCGGACGGCCAUCCGCAACACCUGGGGCCGGGUGGGUGUCGGGGGCCGCCCCCAGCCCCUGAAGCUGGUGUUUCUGUUGGGGUUGGGGGGUGCCACGCCGCCACCCCAGCUGUUGGCCUAUGAGAGCCAGGAGUUCGAUGACAUCCUGCAGUGGGACUUUGCCGAAGACUUCUUCAACCUGACCCUGAAAGAGCUGCACUUCCAGCGCUGGCUGGCAGCCGCCUGCCCUCACGCCCGUUUUGUGCUCAAGGGGGAUGACGACGUCUUUAUUAACGUGCCCAACGUGCUAGAGUUCUUAGAGGGGAAGGACCCCAAGGAGGACCUCUUUGUCGGGGACGUCAUCAGCCGGGCUCUGCCCAUCCGGAACUCCCGGGUCAAGUACUUCAUCCCCCUGUCCAUGUACAAAGCCCGCUACUACCCCCGCUACGCGGGAGGGGGUGGCUACGUGCUCUCCCAGACCACGGCGCGGCGGCUGAGGGGGGUGAUGGAGGAGGCCGAGCUGUUCCCCAUCGAUGACGUCUUUGUGGGGAUGUGCCUGCUCAAGCUGGGCGUGAACCCAACCCACCACCCGGGAUUCAAAACGUUUGGGAUCCGGCGGCCCUUGGACCCCCGGGACCCGUGCCUGUACAGGGGCCUGUUGCUCGUGCACCGCCUCAGUCCCCUGGAAAUGUGGACCAUGUGGGCUCUGGUGAGGGAUGGGGGGUUAAAGUGUGCCGCCGUCCUCCCCCGGGACGGCCGCAGGCUGACGGAGAAACCAAGGACUGGAAAUGAAACCAAGCUGCAUCUCCCGGACUCAGCUCAGAACUGUUUCAGCUCGGUUGGAUUCACUACUUUCGUCUACCGACUUCAGUGCCGACCGGGGCUGAAGGGGCCUGUGCACACGUUUGUGGACUGA